AUGAAGAUUCUUCUGACCUUCACAUUCUUGCUGAGUGCUCUUGUCCAGCUCUCCGUGCAGCAAGACGGCGAGUGCAGCGCUACCAAGCUCUGUCCUGAAGGAUGUUGUAGCAGCGCAGGCCAUUGUGGUUAUGGACCUGACUAUUGUGGGAGGCCCUCGUGCUCCAUCAGUGACACUCCCGUAGACCGAGUUAUUGGCUACUAUGAGGGGUGGGCAACUUCCAAGCGCCGCUGUAAUGCCCUGCGACCAGAAGAGAUUCCCUAUGGUGCCUACACCCAUCUCAUCUUUAGCUUCGCCACCAUCAAUCCCAAGUCAUUCGAGGUCUCGCCCGGCAACUACGAGACCGAGGACAUGAUGGAGAGAAUUGGCACCAUGAAGCUCCUCCAGCCCGACCUCAAGAUCCGGGUUGCCUUUGGCGGCUGGGCGUUCAACGACCCCGGACCAACCCAGACAAUCUUUAGUGACGUGGCUGCCUCCGAGGCCAACACUGAGGCGUUCCUCAGCUCGCUAGUCAAGUUGAUGGAUAAGUUUAACUUUGAUGGCGUGGAUAUUGACUGGGAGUAUCCUGUCGCUACCGACCGCCACGGCCGUAGUGAAGACUACGAGAACAUUGUCACUUUCAUGAAGAAGCUCCGAGCACGCAUGGAUAAGUACCGUAGAGGCGUAUCCAUGGCCCUGCCUGCUAGCUACUGGUACCUCCAGCACUUUGACAUUGUUAAGCUUGAAGAACAUGUCAACUGGUUCAACCUUAUGACGUAUGACAUGCACGGCUCCUGGGAUAUCGACAAUAAGUGGACUGGUCCGUGGGCGAACUCGCACACCAACCUAACCGAUAUUCAGCUUGGCUUGGAUCUCCUAUGGCGCAACAAAAUCAGCCCCAGCAAAGUCACCAUGGGAAUGUCCUACUAUGCGCGUACCUUCACCCUGACAGAUCCCGGCUGCAACAAGCCCGGCUGCCGCGUUAGCUCACCCGGCGAGGCAGGCAAAUGUUCUGGGACGGCCGGUGUGCUGCUCCACCCCGAGAUUCAGGACAUCAUCUCCAAGAACAAUUUGAAGCCUGUGCUUGACCGGGAAGCUGCCGUCAAGACCGUCUCAUGGGGUAACCAGUGGACCUCGUUUGAUGAUGCUGCAACUUGGCGCCUCAAAGCUGACAAGCUGCGCAGCCAGUGCAUCACGGGCUUCAUGGUGUGGGCCAUUAGCCAUGAUGACGAGUCCGGCACCAACGCCGAGGCUCUGGCCUCUGUUCUAGGUCGCAAAAAGCCUGACUUUCCCAACUUUACCAUCCGCCCCAAGGUGGAAGACAGUCCCGAUCUUGAGUCCAAGACGUGCCGUUGGACAAGCUGCUACGAGGGUUGCCCGUCUGGAUUUAAAGAGGUCCAGCGCGACGGCCACAAAGAGAUUAUGCUGGACACAACGCCCUGCUUUGGCAAGGCUUGCUGCAGCGAUACCUUGGUCACGUCCCUGUACAGCAAAUGCGUCUGGACCGGAUGCACUGACCAGGGCAAGGAUGCUUGUACGGGCAAUAACCCGUACUUCCUCACUUCCAGCAGUGUGGGCUCUGGUGGUAUGCAAGCCUGCAGCAAGGGCAAGAAGAGAAGUCUCUGCUGCGUCUCCCCGGCGCCCUACGAUGUUGCUGGCAGAUGCGAGUGGCGAAAGAAGGCCGGAUUUCUCAACGCGGAGAAUGAGAAGCUCCUCUGCGAAGGUGCAUGCUCGUCGAACCAGCUGAUGAUGGCCCGAGAGAGCGGCCUCAUCAUUGGUAACGAAGGUGGCGACGGCUGCUACGGUGAUCUUGCCUUCUGCUGUACGGAACCCGAAAAGUUGAAGCCUCGAGAUGAAGACCCUGGCUCGUCACAGGGUCGCGAGUUCCAGGCCCUGAUCCGUAAGUACAUGGAGAACCCGACCUGUCCCGCUACCAUUCUCUUCCCGCAACUCCAUGAUAAAUUUGUUCGCAAGCGCUCCUUGGAAUUUGAGGCAGCCGAAUACAACGUGUUGCGCGCCAGAGCGAAGGAUUGCACUCUGGAUACCUGGGUCCGGCUGCUUCAAUACGCAACGCUGGUGUUCUCGGUCAGCCGCCCUGGCAUGGAUCCCCUCGUUAAGGUCUGGGAUAAGGAGUUUGCAGGCAACUAUGACAAACAGCUAGAGUACAAUAGCCUCCACGCAUUUUUGCUGAAGUAUAAAGAUUACGACCCUCGCAGUGUUGUGGAGUGGGUACUCUACAACCCAACUCGAGCUGGGCCAGGCAUCAGAGGUGCGGAUGCCGCCAGCCAGGCACUGUGCCGAGUUCCAGGCUCCAAGGCCCGUAGCAUUCCCGAGUCCACCAUCUCUGAUAUUGACAGCAGAAAGAUUGACGCGUGGAAGGGCGGAUCGGGUUACAUUCCCACCUUAGACACGAUCCUGACUGCCAUUAUCAGCGGAGCCAUCUCGCUCCAUUAUGCUCGCUGGCAGUAUUAUCAAAACUCCCAAAACGGAAACGUCCCAGGGCCUAUGCUUGAGAUGGCGUACUGGCUUGGCCGCCAGCCUGGCCAUGAGACCAGCGAAGACCCACGUACUAAAGUUUCCCUCAAAGUCUUCCACCUUCACAUCGAUCCAUCAAACCGGAACUGGCUGAUAAGUGAAAACGGAAACACGUAUGUCGGCGUCAGCAACUUCCGUGUCAUGCACGGCCAGUACUGGAUGCAUGGGAGGAACAGCCAAGCGUGGCGUGUAUCUCACAGCAACGGCAGGUACAACUCGCGUGACGGGUUUUCCUGUGAGGAACAGCUCGGUAGCCUCUGGUACGUUGGAUCCAGAAUAACGCUCCCAGACAAUCAGCCCGAAUGGGCAAGACGGCUUCACCAAUGGGGUGAGAUGAUCUAUCGUCAGGGGUACGUCAGCAACCGCGGCCUGAGAAUGAUCAUCGAGCCGCCAUCGGGUGGAAGCCGCACCGAAGUCGACCCUCAUAACCCAGGAGAACUGUCUCGUGGGGUUAUGGGUACAUCGGUCGUCGGAGGAAAUAACCCGUAUGAAAUCAACUUCAUCUUGUCGGAAGAAGGAUACGAAUUUGCCACCCCUGCUCCCCCGGAAGAUCGUGAAGAUCCAGACACUCCGGCCUGA